CCAUGUGACCUCUGUGAUCAUUCACAGAUUUCACUAGUAGUAAGCAAUGAUGUCAGAAGUGACAUCAUUGCUUACUACUCUUCAUGUGAUCACUGAUUGGCCAAUUAGUGAUCACACGAUCGGGACCUCGCACAGAGGUCCCGUACAGCGAUCGGUUUUUCGGAGGACACAGCGGGCACCGGAUCUCGGUGCCUCGCACUCCCAGGGAGCGCGCACGAUCCAAAACGGCGGGCGCCAUUUAUAAACGGCAACCCGACCCUGCACUGUCACCGUCCGGCCGUUUAUAUACAUGGGCCGGACGGGAA